AUGACGAGCGAGUCCUACGUCCUCGACCCGCUGGGCCGCAGCGCCCUCGCCGACCUCGAGGAGCGCAAGCUCCUGACGCACGGCGAAGCAAGAUCCGUCCUCGAGAAGCGCGAACGGCUCGAGCUCAAUUUAUCGGCGACGCAGCCGACGCGCGCCGCGUACGCAAGAGCCAUCGCCUACGAGGAGAAGUGCGACGCUUUAUUAUCUGUGAGACGGGCCAAGAAGGUCUCAAUCAAAAGAGGCCCGGGCGACCACUUCCAGGCUCGAAGAAUUGCCGCGCUCUACGAGCGGGCGCUGAGCCGGUUUUCAGACGACUCCCGAUUGUGGCUCGACUACGUUUCAUACCUAAAAAAGACGAACCAACCAAAGGCCGUCGGCCGCGUUUUAGCAAGGGCCUGCCGCGCGAACGCCACGUCCCUCGAACCGUGGCUCGCGGCAGCCAGGUGGGAACUCAAGGAUAGGGGCAACGCGACGGCCGCGCGGCGGCUGCUGCAGCGCGCUUUGCGCUUCAACGGCGAGAAGCACGAGCUGUGGUCCCAUUACAUCGCGUUCGAGCUGUCGUAUGUCGAUAGGUUACGGAAGCGGUCAGUGGCUUUAGGUACGCCGUCGCCGGAAGUCGAGCUGACUCAAGUCGCCGUCGAGGCGGCGCGGGCGGCCUUCCAGGCUAUUGCGGUGGACGAUCGAGGUGAAUUAUUGACGUCUAUUGAAAAAGCGUGCGCCGCGGUGGGCGGCCAUGUAGGAAAUGCGGUGGCGGAGGCCGCGCGCGCGGCCGCCGGCGACGCUGAAACUCCUCGACCGCCGCCGCCGCCGCCGCAGGGUCCCUCGAAGCGCGAGCUCGCGGCGACGGCCGUGCGCGCGCGCCUCGCCGCCGCGGGCGCCUCCACUAGUGCAGCGGCGCGCGCCCGGGAGGCGCUCGACGCGCUCGAGCCGCCGCGGCGCGACCGCGUGGCGUGCGCCGUCAAAGCGGCGCGCGGCGAGCCGCUCGACGCGCGAAGUAGCGCUGCGCGAGGUGCCGCGGUGGCGCACGCGCGGGGCGUGCGGACCUGUCGAGCGUAAUUUAAGGGUGCUGCUUAGAGCUAGGCCGCCUAGCCACCAAGCAGCCGUGGGACCUGCUUGGCCGCACGCCGUCCCGCCCGGCCCUCGUACGCCGUCGCCCCGAGUGUCUAGGUUGCCACUAACCUGUUAAUUACCCGUUAUUAACCUAUAAUUACCCCUCGGAGGGGAUCCGGGGUUAAUAACCCGCUCAAUAACCCGGUACUUUAAACGCCGUCAAACGCCUUCCUGAGGACUCCGAGGACUCCCCCAUGCCCUAGAUGAUAGACACUAGACUCAAAAUCAAUUCGUCUUGCGGAGCGGCCAAUAAAGAGCUGCCCCUUGCGUUCAAUAUGCCGAAGGCGGACGCCGCGUGGGACAAACAUACGACGCCAGCGCAAAAAGAGGUCGAAAAGGACGGCGGCCUCACGGUACCAGUCCACGGCUGGCAAUGCAAUUACUGCAAUGAAAAGAGCUGGAACAAAGCCCUCGACCGCUUGCGGAGACACCUCACGGGCGACGAGAAGUUGUGCCGCGGCUGCAAAAUUAAGCCGUGCUCUGCUGCCCCGGAAGAAGUCCGCAAGGAAAUGACCGCGACGCUCGCGGACCGCCAGGCGCUGGCCGACGGCAAGGCGAAACGCACAGCAGCGAACGAGGAGAUCGCCGACGAGUUCGGUAAGAACCGGGCGAAUCAAAUCCAGCAGAAGAUGGUCGCAAAACGCAAGUCGGUCUCCGACCUAGAAGUGGACGGCGCUCUCUCGGACAUGUUCGACGGUUUAGGUAUAGCGCACAAUAAGGUAGACCACCCUCUAUUCCGGCGCGGGGUGCAGAAGUUACGGAACGCCCACCCGGACUACAAAUUGCCGCAUCGGACGAGCCUAGGUGGGUCGAUACUAGAGCAUCAGUACCAGUGCGACGUGGACGAUCGUACGAGGCAUCUGCAGCACAAGCUGAUCAAGAAGUUCGGUAAGGCGCUCCUCACGGACGGUGCCACAAUCCAGAAAACGCCUCUGCUGAAUACUAUAUUGAUGUGCCCGGUCUGGAGGGACGCCCUCUUCCUUUCGUGCGAGGACUGCACGGAUCAUCUCGCGAGUGGUUUAAGUAAGGACGCCGAGUACAUUGCCGACGUCAUCAUUAAGGGGAUAAGGCGUUUGCCGUUCCCGCGCUUCGUGGAUCUCAUUAUUACUGAUGGUGCUGGUGACAUGAGGAAGUUUCACCGUCUCGUAACAGCCACCUUCCCUUGGAUUGACACACAGUGGUGCGUCUCACACCUAUCCAAUUGCAUAUUGAAGAAGAGCGCCGAAGGCCACUCGAAACUGCAAGAGCACAUUGACAAGGCCAAGAAGAUUGUCGACCGUUUUACUCAUCACCAUUCCGAGCAUGCUAUGUUUAGAACGAUGUCCAAGGCAAUGAGCCGCGACCUUGCUCUUAUUAGAUACUGUGAGCCACGCUUCGGCCUCUACUUUUUGAUGCUUCAUCGCCUGCAAGUCCUAAAACGAACGCUCAAGGCCGUCAUCCACAGCAGUGCGUACCGCGCGAUGCAGUACGAGGACGAUGAAGAAGCGGUGAUCAUUGAUGACUCGGCGUUCUGGGACUACAACGAGCUCGUGGUCAAGGCGACGUGGCCGCUUUUACAGCUUGUUCGUCUCGGCGACGAGCGCAAGACGCCGACGCUCCACAGGGUCUACAAAUAUGCGAAAUUGACCAAGCGUCGACUCGCUGAGGCCAAGGACGACGACCUCUCGGCGCACGUGCUCGAGGCCUUCGAGCACUACGAGCGUCACUUGUGUUCUGACAUCGUGAAGGCUGCUUCAAUCGUCGACGUGGGCACCUGGGCCAGGGGCAACCUCGAGGACGUAAACGAGUGCAAGGAGAAGCUGAGCGACUACAUCACUAAAUUUGCGGAGCAGUACGAGGAGCCCGACGGUUUUGUGGAGAAGGCCGAGGAGCAGAUGUUGUCGUACCUGAACAACGAGGGCGUCUACGCGACCGAGGCGGUGCUCGGGAAAGCGCGCACCAUGGCCGCGUACCGCUUCUGGGACAAGUACUCUGGCUCCUCGCCGGAGUUCUCGAAGGUGGCGCUGCAUCUGUCGAGCAAAGUCUGCGGUUCCGGCGAAGCCGAGCGGAACUGGAAAGACUACAAGUUUGUAUACGAUAAGGCGCGGAACAGGACGUCCUCAAAGAAGCAGCAGAUGCUGAUUACGCGCUACAAUGCUCUACGGCUCCGGGCGGGAAUUGUGGAUCCAGGCGACAUCGACCCUCGCGAGGAGGUUUUGUUGUACGGCUGCGAGGAGGAACUAGUCGAUCCAGCGGCGGCGCCAGAACCUUUGGUGGCGGGCGGGGCUAACGAGCGGGUCCGCGAGAACCCGUUCAAUGCCUGGCCGGAGUCGUGGGAGGAGCAAGCGAUCUUCGAGCCGGAAGUCUCAGGGGCUACUGGUCGCUACCAGCUCAAGACCAAGUUCGUGGGCAUGCACCUGUAUGAUCCUGAUGAUGGCGUCGAGGAGCACCGCAUCAUUGUCGAACUGGAGUGGAACAAGACGAAACCGAGGGGCUGGAAGACGAAUACGCCGCAGGACUGGAAGCAGUGGAAAGCAGUGACGGAGCUGGACCCGAAGCAUCACCAGGACAAGAUAGAUAAAGAAGGACACGAAGAUACGCUCGAGUCGUAUUGGUUUAACGACGACCUCUACGACAUGAUCCUCGCAGCGCCGAGAGACGAGCAGCCGCGGACGAUUCUUACAGGAGACGAGGAUUCGGACGACAUGAUCGACGAGUCCUAA